AUGAGGACUGGGGAGCAGGGCUGGGGUUGUGAGAGUGGUGGAGUGAGUGUGUGCAGUGUCGCCCCGGGCCCUGGGGGCAGCAGCGCAGGUGCGGAGGAGUCGAGUGUGGGGUGGACGGCUGGACGCGCGCCGACAAAGCCGACAGAUGGGCGGCCAUCCAGCCAGGCUGACCCACCCAGGGCCGGGGGAGGCUGCCAAGCCCGCCUGCGGAACAUUUGCCGAGCCGGAGCCGAGGGCGCCUUCAAGAAGCUCAAGCCGGAGCCGGCGACCGCGGCGCUGCUGGGGGGCGGCUCUGGGGGCGGACCGUCGCCCGCGCCGCCCCCGCACGCCGGCCACACGCCUACCACCGCCUCCUGCCCCACGCCCGCGCGACGUCGCCACAGGACCACCUUCACCCAGGAGCAGCUGGCUGAGCUCGAGGCGGCCUUCUCCAAGUCGCACUACCCGGACAUCUACUGCCGCGAGGAACUGGCUCGGACCACCAAGCUCAACGAGGCCCGCAUACAGGUAGGACAAACACACCGACUCCUUAUACGGCCUAGCUGUGAUUGA